UAAAGUCAGAGAGAAGCCUGCAGCGUGAAGUCACUUUUUGAUUGAUUACAGGGUUUAAGAAGUGACAUAGGUGCUGUGCUUAUGUGUGUGUCCGUGUGUGUGUGUGUGUGUGUGUGUGUGUGUGUGUGUGGCAGCAGCUGCUCCCUCCCUGACUUUAUUCCUCGCUCAUAUUCAGUCCUGCAGUGGCGGAUGGGUUCGGUGCUCCCGCCGGCAGGAGCGCAGACAUCUGAGGAGCCUGUUAGUGUCAAAGAAAAACUGACGGAAAACACAAAGAGCUUCUCCCAACAACAAAUCCCUCUGUAGCGUUGGGACUCAAAGGCGGAUUAUAAAGCGUAUUUACCGGCUGGAAGCGAUUCCGGGGCAACUUUGCCACUGUCUCCGUUUAUUUUCCUUUCCCAUUCUUCUUUUGGUGCAGAUCUUCAGUCAGCACCUUGCUGCCUCUUUAACAUCUUCAGGCUCUCGGCAUCAGACAGGAUCCGCACACGAUCUGAUUGCAUCCCUGUGAUGGACUAAAGGUGUGAGGAGGAAGAAAGAUUGAAGAGGAGGGAGGUCUGCAUGAGGUUUGCUUAGCUUGAAGGUGAGAAAGUCUAUUAACAGCUGGUGGUGGAUUAUCAGGUUCAGGCAGCCACUCCCUGGAGGAAUGAAUGUACAUAUGUUACAUAAAAACUGCACUGGGACCAGCGCUGAACAGCAUCAUGACUCCAGCUGACUCAUAGGAUGUGGUUUUAGGAUGGGGGACCAUGAUUUACAUUUGUCUACAAAGAUUUUUAUCCACACAGAACAGGAGGAGCUGCAGAGACUGGAACCUGACGUGAGGGUUUUGGUAAGGAUUUCCCGCCUUCUUGGAAUCUGAUUUUGGUGUUUUGCUUUUCCUCGGUCCUGUCUGUGAAUGGAUCUUAAUGAGGACCAAGGGAAACCAGUACAGUAAGCCUUACCGUUGAGAGAUUUUUAUACCUCUAUACUGCCUCUCUUCCUGUGGUUUUGUUCCUGCCGGGAAAGCAGCAUGGAUCUGUCCCAGGACCAGCCUUCGGACUGGAGCUCAGUCCAACCCAGCUUCUCUCCACUGCUGCAAUACGAUGGCUCUCAGGAAAGACUCAACCACAACCACACUUCUAUUGUGUUGUCCUCCACUUUUAGCUUACCCACUGCCUCCCUCCAUCAACCUCUACCCUCUCUGCUGCCCUCCUCCCACAUCUCCUCUCCUUUAUUCUCCACCUCCUCGACCUCAUCCUUUCCGCAAGCAUCCACUUUUGUCUACCAACCCUCGUCCUCCAACUUUCCUUUGUCCCUGCCCACCUUUUCUGCUAAUGACCUGGCAGACCUGGAGAGCAUGCUGCUCUGGACCCUCCAAGAGCCCAGCACAAUCGCUCUGACCAUCAUGUACUGUCUGUCUUUCAUUUUGGGAUUUGUUGGGAAUUUAAUGUCCCUGCGCGUCCUCACCAACAGGCGGAGCCGGCGUCUAGCUGGCGUCAGCGCCACGCGCAGUCUCCUGGUGAACUUGGCGGUAUGUGACCUUGCCGUGGUGUGUGUGUGCAUGCCCAUCACCCUGGGAAACCAGAUCUACACUGCCUGGGUCUACGGUGAUCUCCUGUGUCGAGCCGUGCCCUUCACGCAGGCUGUUUCGGUCUCAGCCAGUGUGCUAACACUGACGGUGAUCAGUGUGAAUCGUUACUACAGUGUUCGUUCACCACUGCGAGCCCGCUCCAUGUUUACCCGACGUCGAAUCUUGGCGACCGUCGCAGUGGUGUGGACAGUUUCUUCGAUUAUGUGUGCUCCUAUUGCAGUGAUGAACAGGCGACGAGAGAUCAGCUUUGGGACAUUUGCCAUCUUGGUCUGUCAGGAGGAGUGGCCUCAGCAUCGCCUUAAACAAGGAUACAAUGUGCUGCUGUUUGUGAUGCUGUACUGCCUCCCCGUGACCUUUAACCUCACCAUAGGCUUCCUAACUGGAAGGCGGCUUUGGGGAGGGAGGAAAACCACUUUCGCUGAUCUUGAUCCACGCAGCCAAGCUCUGCAUGUCUCGCGCCUCAAGACACGCCAGAAGAUCGCCAAGAUGGUUGUGUGUCUGGUGCUGCUGUUUGCAGUGUCCUGGCUACCACUGUACUUGGCUGACCUUUGGAUCGACUGUGAGGAAAGGCCACCAUCUUGGCUCCUGCAGACGCGACCAUUUGCCCAGUGGCUGGGCCUGACAAACUCCAGCCUUAACCCCAUCUGUUACUGUUUCAUAGGCGAUCUGUACCGAUCAGCAAAGGUUAUACGGACGCGAUACUACCAGAAAGUCGCCGCUCUCUUUGGCUCCUCCUCAUUCUCCAGCUCAGCUGCAGUGGCGUCUCCUGUGUCAGUGAUUACAGACACCAAAGUGACUUCUGUUGAGCGCCACCAUAUUGCCGCUGCUGCUGUGGCAGCAUCUGCAUCCAUUGUUACAAUCCCAAGGCUGUUGAGCUUGGCUAGAGGCAAAGGACUGGGGCAGAAGGUCAGAGACAGUUCAGACAGCCGAGCAGGAUCCGACCACAGUAUCUCAGACUGGUGUCGGUCCAGUCCCAGUGUGUGUGACAGCUCCUUGUUCCCCUGCCAGCUCCACACACUCCAGCACUCCAUACAAAGAGUGGACUUCCUUCCCACAAGAAGACACUCUCUGAAUGAGAACGCUGGACCAUUACCUUUAAGAAUUGAGUCUGUGGAAAUAGGCGUGCUGCCGUUGAGGAGGCAUUCAGGGGACAGAAUAUAUGGUCUGUCAGCUGAUAAGAGAGACAUCAUUACGAUGGGCAGAGACGCUCUCUGUUACACUGGACAGCACAGAAGAAAAAGAUCACAAACCAACUCUCUGGUAGGAGACAGGGAGGAUGAAAGAACUGAUAUGACCAGCCUCUGAGACCUGCAGAUUAUUUGAUGUAUCAGCAGGGAGGAAUUCUUUCUUUUUUUGUCACCUAAAGCUUCUGAGUCGCAGUUUGCAGUUGACAGUGUGAGUUAAUCCCUUGCAAAAGCCAUUGUUUGUCUUGAGGCUAAACUGACCUGGUCUACACUUUCCAUCUUUCUCUGUGUAGUAUUCUCUGUGUGUCAUCGAAAGCAUGGGAUCCAGGACUGAUGUUUACAACGACAAGAUCAGGACUUUGAAGGCAAGCGGAGGGGGCAAUGAUGGAGAACCCUGCAGGGAUAGAGUGGAGUGUUAUUUAGCCCUGGGCUUGAAAGCCAGUUAUCAUAAAAAAGGGUGGAUUGCAGCAGUGCGGAAUCACAUGUUAGUCAUAUCAUAAGUGAUUCAGCUGCCAGUCAUGGUUGUGUCUAACAUCUGCUUAAGACAGUAAACCAGUAGGAUGUAACUGUGUGAGAAAUUGUUUGGUUCAGAUUCUUCUCUUUCUUUCAUAUUGCUUUGCUAAUGGCUUCGAUUGUAUUUGACAGAAAAGGCCAAACCCUUUGUUAGAGUGCCAAGUAGGAAUAAUACACAGAUACAGUAUGUAUGGAGGGUUUCUGACAGGUCUUUACAGGAUAUUGUCACCAUCAAUGUCUGCAGUCUGUGAAAGAUAAGUACAGUAGCAGCCGCCGUUCAUGUGUGCAGUGAUACAGGUAAUAUACAGCGGAUAUGAGAUAUGUUGUAUAUGAAGCAGAAAAUGAAAAAUACGGUGAAUGAUUUUGUUUUGCACAUAGUAACGCUGAUAGUGAUAUUAAGCAUGAAAUAACUUUUCAGGUUCAUCUGAUUUUUGAAAGCUAGACCAGGUCGUCUAAAAUGAGCCCAAAACAAGCAGGGUUACUUCAUUCAGAGGAAAUUUAAAGGGUCAGUUUACCCAAAUCAAACAUUACAAAAAAAACAUUAUAUUUUUCUUGCUCUGGUGUUGAGAUGACUGUCUAACCAUCUGUUUGGCACACAUAUCUCAAAAACAAGACAAAUGAAACCAAAACUGCAUGUCUAGAUACUGCUAACGAUCAGAGAAAAUCUUAAUGAUUUGCGGUGAGCUGACCUUAAAAAGACCUAAUAUUACAUUGACUGCACUGUGGAUAGGUACAGAAAAAUACAAGAUAAUCUGUUUUAAUAUUUGACAACAGGAGAGUUUUGGCCCAACCAGAGACACUGCCUGUUAAACCAGCACAUGCCUUGUUGAGUAAAGGACUGAAACAAGGUGCAGAAAUAGCUUUAAAGGUUAAAGAAAUAAAAACACAGACACGCACUCUCACACAUACACAGAUUCAUGCACACAGACAACAGAAUCUAAUCUACCCUCAGGCUGCUUCCAGUUGUGUGUAAGACAGAGGUGGUGAAUAGCAUGAACUGCUGUGACAUUAAGCUGCUAAUCACACUUGUCCUUGCAGCAAAAGUGAAGCGGUGCAACACUCAAGGCAUCAAACUGUGUUGAAACUGUCCUAUUUAUGUCAUUGGGUAAGGUUGCUUUGUACCUUAGAAAAUCUUUAUGCCAUUAUGCUGUAACUGUGUCUGUCAUCUCUCCUUCUCUCUUUACUUUCAUCUACCUCUCUCUUUCUCAGUUUUGCACUGUGUUAAUGGAGGGUAUGUGUAAUGCGCAUUUGGUGUUUCAUUAAAAAAGCAAGCAGAGUUUGUCCGUGGUCACAUGUAACUGUGUCUGCGACUGAAAUGUCCCAGGAUUUGCA